GUCAACACGCCGGAUACGUCAUAUCCGGUUUCCACCAACCCUGUGUGCUAGCGGACAAGCAGCUUUAGUCCACUCUACGUUACAUUUUGAGGACUUAUCUGCCGCUACUUUAAUAUUGACACGACGGGAUUGAGUAUCUAAAAGGUUGGUGAAUGUGCUGCUAAAGGUCAGUCUACGCGGUAGCUGCGUGACUCGGAUAGUUUUACUUCAAAACAGCAGCUUAAGCUAAAGGAAGAACACGUUGUCUUCUUUGUCACGCACACAGCGGUUAAACUGGGUCACUCGGUCAAGAAUCGGUAUUUAACUUUAUCACAUUUUAGGAAAGGAAACCCCUUGAUCUCGCACUCAGGAUGCCUUGCCACAAUCAACAGCUGAACAAUGUCAACAGUGGUCAGGAGCACCCAAUGAAGCAAGUGCGAUUUGCAAACAACAGCAGCAGCAGCAGCAGUAGUGUGCUACCCACCUCUGAAGCCUCUGAUGGCAGCAUACAGACUGACAGCAGCCAGGAAACUGUGGGACCUCAGCUCAAACUGCUCCCUCUCAAUGACCAGAUCCGGGAGUUACAGACCAUAAUCAGAGACAAGACAACCAGCAGAGGAGACUUUGUGUUUUGUGCUGAUCGACUGAUCAGACUAGUAGUUGAAGAGGGUUUGAAUCAGCUCCCCUACUCGGAGUGCACUGUGACCACGCCAACAGGGUACAAGUAUGAAGGUGUCAAGUUUGAAAGAGGCAACUGUGGAGUCAGCAUAAUGAGGAGUGGUGAGGCCAUGGAGCAGGGUCUCCGGGACUGCUGCCGCUCCAUCCGCAUUGGCAAGAUCCUCAUCCAGAGUGAUGAGGAGACACAGAAAGCCAAGGUCUUCUAUGCCAAGUUCCCCCCUGAUGUGUACAGAAGAAAAGUGCUGCUCAUGUACCCUAUCCUUAGCACCGGCAACACUGUGAUCGAGGCGGUGAGAGUGCUGAUCGAGCACGGAGUCCAGCCCAGACAUAUUAUCCUCCUCAGCCUUUUCUCCACACCUCACGGAGCCAAAUCUAUUAUCCAGGAGUUCCCUGAUAUCACCAUCUUGACCACGGAGGUCCACCCGGUGGCUCCGACACAUUUUGGCCAGAGGUACUUUGGCACCGACUGAACCGGGGACAACAUGAGGAACAUGACCUACAAAUAGUUUUGAGUAUAUUUUGUCUUGUUUAUUUAAAUUUCUCUCAUGUUCUCCUUGUUGUGCCAAAUAAUGCUACCCUAUCUCCAAAGUUCCUAAACUGAUACAAAAUGAUUAAUCUGAGAGACUGUAUUUAUUAUUGUUGCUUUUUUUUCUUGCUGUGUAUCCUCAUGCUAAAGAAAGAGAACAUCAGUGAACUGUAUAAAGAGUUGGAUCAUUUUAUUUUGCAUGUUACAACAACCGAUGGAAAAUAAAGAAAUUUAUAUUUGUUAAAAGACAGAA